AUGAAUUCACCAGUCACUUCCGGCGAGGGAACCUUCGAUCCAGGCCAGGCAGUAUCGCAAGCCUACCACGACGCAGCUGAUGAGAGCAGAAGCUCUUCUGAUACACUGCCUUUGCAAACCAUACCCAAAGACGACGAUGUUAGCCUGAGGACAGAAGCUUUAGACCGUCUGAGAUGGAACGUCCUCGCCUCACCAUCGACAGUCGAGGUCAUCGACCUCAACAAAGCAAGCGAGCUCAACGAAGCAAACGAGCUAUGCUGGAAACUCCUGUUAGCAGACCCCAAGCAUCCUCUAGCCGAAGACCCAGUAACCUCACCACCAACUUCCCGCAUCCCUAUCAUGCUAGCCAUGAUCGAUCACUGGGAAUGCUUGGGUAUGAUCGACGAGAGUCCACCACCUUUACUCAUUCAUAACACAGACAGACGAGCUAUCACUGUUGAGCAAUUUGUCACAGAAGUUUCAGCAUAUGCGAAAAGCUUGCGAGAGUUGAUUGACGAGAUUGAGAAUGUGAGUUCGGCGGCGGAAAAGGAGAGCCGUUGUCUUUACUAUGAUUCAGCUGAUGGAUUGGAGAGCCUGUAUAGUGGUGGCAUGGAAGAUGUCUUUCCUCUUCACUUCAUGUCUAGCCGGUCAAAUUCAGCGGAAGAGUUCAGGAGAGAAUGGAUGAAAAGAGAAAGGCUGUUCAAAGAACAUCUGUCUUGCAAACCUACAAAUGGAAUCCACAUCGCGACAGGGUCGAUAGAUUUCGCCGAGGCAAGUAGGAACUUCCGCCUCCUUCCUGAAGAGGUUCCUCGUGAGGAGGAGAGCCUCUUGCACACGAGUGCUUUAGACCGCCUACGUUGGGACCUACUCGCCCCACCAUCUACCGUUCUAAUCAUCGACUCCAAUGAAGAGGGCGAGCCGAGCUGGCGGCCGAUGCUGGUGGAUCCAAAGCACCCCCUAGCUGAUGAAGCUGUUACCGAAGUACCGCGUUCACGAAUGUGUGUAGCAUUUGACAUGGUCGAAGCUUGGGAGUGCUGGGAGAGGUACGAUGACAAUCCACCCCCACCGCCUCUGCUCAUCGAGAAUUCCGAUGAAAAAGCCAUCACUAUCGAGCAGUUCAUCGUCAAGGUCUCCCGAUACGCUCAAAGCUUGCGGGAGACGAUUUUCGAAUGCGAGGGUCGCGCUCUGUCGGGGUCCAAGGGCGCGUGUCUUUGGUUCGAUGCGGCAUUUGGACCGAAACGGAAGGAUGCCGAAGACCCAGAUAUCUUGUUCCUCGUCGGAUUCACGUCCAAUUUCUGGUUCUCGAGCAGCCAAAUUGAAGCGGACCAUGUUCAGAAGGAGAAGAAUUUUAUCGAAUCGCUUAAAGUAGAGCAGAAUUAA